AUGAAUCAACCUUCAGAUACCGAGGCGAACGGCCCUCUUCUUAGUCGCCGAACCUGGCAACACACCAUCUCCAAUGUCUCUGCUGUUGCAGCCUGCGCCUUCAUUGCCCCAGGACUCUGGGCUGCUAUGAAUGGCUUGGGCGGUGCUGGCUCAGCCGAUCCCUACUACGUCAAUGCUGCCAACUCAGUCAUCUUCUGUCUCCAACUCGUCAUCUGUAUCUUUGGCAGUACCCUCAUCGCCAAAAUCGGACUGCGAUGGGCGUUUGCUUUCGGUAUGACAGGUUUCCCUCUCUAUGCCGCGAGCGUCUAUUGUAACGUCAAGUACGGCAACACUUGGUUCCUCAUGGCGGCCUGCGCCAUUGACGGCAUCACGUCGGGCAUCUUCUGGUUGACCGAAGGAGCUGUUGUUCUGGCCUACCCUGAGAAGAAUCGCAGGGGCAAGUACCUAGCUUACUGGCUUGCGAGUCGCAUUGUCGGUCAGAUGGUUGGUGGUGCUGUGACCCUCGGUGUCAACGCCACACACCGUGAAGCUGGGCACAUCAGCGUCGAAACUUACUUGGUGUUCAUCUCGAUCCAGGUCCUCGGCCCUUUCGUCGCGUCUCUUCUUUCUCCGCCUCACAAGGUGCAGCGCGCCGACCAUACCCCUGUCACCAUCGAUAUUCGGCAGAAGCUAUCCCGCGAACUACGCACUACGUGGGAGGUUCUCUGCCGCAAGGAGAUUCUGCUCUUGUUGCCCAUGAUGUUCCAGAGCGUCUUCUCCGAAGCCUUCUUCUCAACGUACAAUACCACCUACUUUACCGUCCGAUCCCCAACCCUGUCCUCGCUUGUUGCAAGCGGGUCCAACUCUCACACGCGUACCGUGAUCGCUUUCAUCGUUAUUUAUGCCUUCGAAGCAGCUCUCUACAUCUACGCGAUGAUUAUGACAAACAGAUACGAGGGUAUGGAGACAAAGCCGGUCUUCGACUGGACGGAUGACGGCUUUGGCCAGGGAGUCUGCGCCUACAUCCUGAUGCUUGUCGGCUUCAACCUCAUGUACGACUACUUUUACUGGCUGGUUGGUUGUGUCAACAAGAACGGUGCAGAUCUUGUGCGUCUCAGUGCCAUUAUCCGCGGUAUCGAGAGUGCAGGACAGGCAAUCUCCUAUGGUAUCAGCUCGAUCUCAUCCUUCCCACUUUCUGGAGCUGUUGCUGUCAAGAUGUCCUUCUUCGCGGCCUGCAUCAUUCCCGCGGCAUUUGUGAUCUUCAAAGUUGGUAUCAUUGAUGGUGUCAAGGCCCACGACAUUGUUCAGGAUGAAAACCUCAAUAUGCAGAGUCCAGGAACCGAGAGGUCAUCCGAUAUUGGAAUGGACAAGAGAGUUGGAGGCGCUGUCCACGUCGACCACCAAUCCUAA